GACUGUGCGGCAUUUCUCUUCAGCGAGGUCGCCUUCAUCGCCUACGAGGAGGUGACAAAAGUGCGCGACUUUCAUCAUCGUUGUCUCGUCAUCCUCGGUGCUCAUGGAGUGGGUCGACGGGCUCUACGCAAGGCUCUGGUACGAGCUCGGCCGGAUCUCUUCGCUCAUGUCAUUCCGCACACCACACGCAAACCCGAGGCAAAUGAGCGCAACGGGGAGCACUACUACUUUGUGCAGGAGGAGGAAAUGGCGGCAGACAUUGUGAGCAGAGAGUUUCUUGAGUACGGCCAACGCAAAAACAUCCUCUUUGGCAUUCGUCUGGACAGUGUUCGGUCUGUCGUAGCCACUGGAAGAAUGCCAGUGUUGGAUGUGGAACCGCGAGCUUUGCGAAUCCUUCGAUCAGCAGAGUUUGCACCGUUGGUGGUGUUGUUGGUACCACCGCCAUUAAGCCGACUGCUAAGCCAAGAUGGACAGCAUGACAUGUUGGUGAGUGAUGCGUGA